AUUUCCAAGAGGAAGGAAGUCACUUUAUUCUCACUUCAGCGCGCGCCGUGUCACCUGCGCUCGCGCUCUCCUACGCGACAAUAUCUCGCGCACAUUUUGCUGCUCGAAGCUGCAGGCACGCGCUCGUGUCGCGUGAUGACGCGCCGCCGUUAGAAGAAUCAGAAACCCGGACCGAGGAAAUAAACAAAUGAAAACAUGAGCGCGAGACUCUGAGGUGAAGCGGAACGAGAACCCUCACCUGCUGACGUUCACCUGAGCGGAACAGACGCCAUGGCUGGAGACGACCACUACCUCCGUGCUUCUAACCAGAUGUACGGGAACAUGAUCAUGGACCCGUCCUGGGACUUUACGCAUUUCCCUGCAAUGCCUCAGUCCACGUCUCUGCAAACGGUUUCAGCGGAUGGACCGUACCUGCAGAUCCUGGAGCAGCCCAAACAGCGCGGUUUCCGGUUCCGGUAUGGCUGUGAGGGUCCGUCCCACGGCGGUCUUCCCGGAGCCUCCAGUGAGAAGAACAGGAAGACCUACCCCACCGUCAAGAUCUGUAACUAUCAGGGCCAGGCCCGGGUGGUGGUCCAGUUGGUGACGGCGCUGACCCCCAGCCCGCAGCUUCACGCUCACAGUCUUGUGGGGAAGCAGUGCGAUAAAGGAAUCUGUAUCGCCGACCUGCAGUCCAAAGAAGCCACCAUCAGUUUCCCUAACCUGGGGAUCCUCCAUGUGACCAAGAAGAACGUGGCCAAGACUCUGGAGGACCGCAUGAUCGAAGCCUUCAGGAUGGGCUACAACUGCAGCAUCUCCAUCCAUCCGGAGGUCGACGCCGUGCAGGGGGAGGUCCGCGUCCCGCGAGAGCUCAGCGAACAUCAGCGCUGUGUGAUCAGCAGCGCAGCAGCCAGCCAGGCCAAGGAGAUGGACCUCAGCGUGGUCCGCCUCAUGUUCACCGCCUUCCUCCCCGACAGCGACGGGGGUUUCACCCGACGGUUGGAACCCGUGGUGUCCGAGCCCAUCUACGACAGCAAGGCUCCAAACGCCUCCAACUUGAAGAUAGUGAGGAUGGACCGGACGGCUGGCUGCGUGACUGGAGGGGAGGAGGUCUACCUGCUCUGCGACAAGGUCCAGAAAGACGACAUCCAGGUGAGGUUCUACGAAGAGGACGAGUCGGGUCUCACCUGGGAGGCUUUAGGAGACUUCUCCCCCACAGACGUCCACCGGCAGUUUGCCAUCGUAUUCAAGACUCCGAAGUACCGGGACCUGAACCUGCAGAAGCCCACGUCGGUGUUCGUCCAGCUGAAGAGGAAGUCCGACAAUGAGACCAGCGAGCCCAAACCGUUCACCUACCACCCCCAGAACAUAGAUAAGGAGGAGGUGCAGAGGAAAAGACAGAAGAUGCUGCCGAACUUCCAGGACUUCAGCGGUCACGGAGGAGGAGGUCUGUACCGAGGAGGAGGAGGAAGUUCCGCUGCAGCAGGAGGCCCUGGAGCGACCGGAGGGGGAGGGUUCUUACAGGGUUUCCCGGGCUACGGUUACGGAGGAGGAGGAGGAGGAGGGUUCUCCAGCGGCUACUCAGCCGGGCUGGGAGGAGCCAUGAAACACGCCUCGCAGGGCGGGGCUUCGGACGGCACUGACGGCAGCGAUGACAGCGGCGAUGACGGCCACCCCGACGAUGACCCCACCUCCGGUGCCGCCCGGCGAGCGUCGGCUCAGAGGAGAGGCCCGAUGGCUGAGGAGGAGGGCGGGGUCUGUGAGGAGCAGGAAGCAGCCAAAGAGCGCUGGCUGGUGGAGGCCGUCUGGAGGCAGCUGGGGGCGCUCUUCCACUUCUCGGUCACUGGAGACUCUGCGUACCUGCUGGCUCCACAGCGCCUGCUACUGGCGGCGCAGGACGAGGACGGAGACACCGGGCUGCAUCUGGCUGUGCUGCACGGCCAACAGGAGGCGCUGAGGAGUCUGACGCAGGUGGUGACCGCUCUGCCCGGAGACCAGGUUCUCAACGCCAGGAACCACCUGUACCAGACUCCUUUGCACUUGGCGGUGAUCACCCAGCAGAAGGAGGCAGUUGAGACACUGCUCUGGGCCGGUGCCGACCCGACAGCGACGGAUCGUCAUGGUAACACGGUGGUGCACCUGGCAGCUCAGCAGGAAGGAGGCGGGAUGGUCCAGUUUUUACUCCAACACAAAGAGCUGAGAGCGCUGCUGGAGCACACCAACACAGCAGGUAUGUGUGCUCUCCACCUGGCUGUCCUGGCCAAUCAGCUGUCGUCUGUCAGAGAGCUGUUGGAGGGCGGGGCUAACGUUGAGGCUCAGGACUGCAGCUGUGGACGAACGGCGCUCCACCUCGCCACCGAGACCGACAACGUGUCGCUCGCUGGCUGCCUGCUGCUGGAGGGAAACGCAGACGUGGACAGCUGCACCUUUAAUGGCUCCACCCCUCUGCACAUCGCCGCUGGGCGGGGCUCCGUCAAGCUGACGGCUCUAUUGAUGGCUGCAGGUUCUGGAUCUCCUGAACGGAUCGGACUACAAACCUCAAUCUCUGGACAGAACCUUCCCCCCUCCUCAGGGUGACCUGGCGAGUCUGGACUCGCAGGUGAAGCUGGCGCUGUGCCGAGCUCUGGAGAGUGAAGGAUGCUGGGAGAACCUGGCUCACGGUCUGGGUCUGGGGAUCCUCAACACGGCCUUCCGACUCAGCCCCUCCCCCACCAAGACCCUGCUGGACAGCUACGAGGUGUCUGGCGGGACGGUCCGAGACCUGCUGACCGCUCUCAGAGCCGCUGGGGGAGGUCACGCUCUGAGCGUCCUGGAGGAGGCGCUGCAGGAGACGCCCACAGCCAAUCAGACGAAGGGAAGCCCGGUUCUGGACCUGAAGGCCGACGUUGGGAUGGACAGUGGCGUCUGCGACAGCGGCGUGGAACUGUCCACCGCCUGACCUCUGUCACUACCCAUAAACCCUUUCUGCAGUCGUCUUGGAAUGAGCUCCAGUUUUAUGGUGACCCAGAUGGAGAAAGUCUUGUAGAACCCUGCUGAGGUUCUGCUCAAAGUCCUUCUAAAACUCUGUCCCAGAACUCCUUGCUGUAAAUCUGGGAUCCUCAGGUGGGGGCGGAGCCUCAGACAUGCAGCCCCGCCUCCUGGAUUUGAGUGGGGAGCUGGUUCCCCGUCCAAGAGCAGAACUUCCAGAGUGGAGUUUGGACCUCGGGAGUCUGAAACAUUUGAUCUGGACAACAGAACUUCUUUGAACCAGAACCCAACUUCCAGACGAGUCACCGGGUCGGCUGAACACAGCUGAUCAUGUGACGCCAACACCUGAACCGGGCCAGAACCCUGCAAACAUCUCGAACGUUUCUCCCAUCGCCUUGAGCCAAACUUUACUGCAGAGAGCAGUAAGAUAUGAAGCAUUGUGGGAAAUGCAGUCCAGCAUCAAAGAUUCCUUUCUGUACUGUAGAACUCACCUCAGCUGUUUUUAAUAAAGACGUUUUUGUACAAUGCUG